AUGGUGGUCCACCAGACUUUUAAGGGAACCCCUAGUGGCCCCUAUCAACACCCCAGUAAGACCAUUAGCUCCACGAUUUAUACCAAACCCGAAAGUAGACAGCUUUCAUGGACUAGACAAGGGAGUUCAGGUAUCCAACACUGGGAAGAAUAUAAGCAUUGGACCCCCUGUGAGCAGUUAGCCAUAAUACAGCAACUGCCAGAUGUAGAGAAGGCUCCAUUAGCAUUAGUCCAGUCCAUGUCCACAAUCCAAGCCACUUACCAGUGUACUUGGAUGGAUUUAAAGCAGAUUGUUGACCUUAAAGCAGGUCCCCCAUUCUAG